AAGGCAAUUGCAUAUGAUCGUUUAACAGGUGCCAAUAUUUCAAUGGAGAAGGUUAGUGUUGGAGCGACCAUAACCACAAUGAUUGCAGCAACAUUAGCGAUUGGAACCACUGUUAUUGAAAAUGCAGCUCGAGAACCGGAAAUUGGUGAUACGGCAUUAUUUCUCAAUUCAAUUGGUGCUAAGAUCAGUGGUAUUGGAACUAAUCGAAUUGUCAUUAAAGGUGUUAAGCAAAUGAAUGGUGGAGUAUAUCGAAUAAUGCCCGAUCGAAUUGAAACCGGCACAUAUUUGGUAGCAGCAGCUGUGAGCUCAGGUAAAAUUGUAUGCCGUAAUACUAAAGCUGACACAUUGACCGUGGUUUUGGAAAAGCUGAAGGAAGCCGGAGCUGAAAUUGAAAUUGGCAAUAAUUGGAUUAGUUUGAAUAUGCAUGGCAAACGACCAAAUGCGGUUGAUAUAUGCACAGAACCAUAUCCAGGAUUUCCAACCGAUUUACAAGCACCUUUCACAUUGCUUAAUGUUGUGGGAUAUGGUACGGGUGUUAUUCAGGAAAAUAUUUUCGAAAAUCGUUUCAUGCAUGCACCAGAAUUGAUUCGAAUGGGCGCACAAAUUGAAAUAAAUAACAAACAUUUGGUUUGUAAAAAAUUCACAAAAUUGUACGGAGCUACAGUUAGAUCAACCGAUUUACGAGCGGCAGCCACUUUGGUAUUGGCAGCAUGCAUUGCUGAUGGUGAAACAUUUAUUGAAUCUAUUUUUCAUAUUGAACGCGGAUAUGAACGAAUCGAGGAAAAAAUGAGGAAGUUGGGCGCUGACAUUAAACGAAUAGGAUAAAGAAAUUAUCGAAAAAUUCAAAAUUAAAUGUACACUUUAAUACUAGCUUUAAUAGACUUGAUAUUGGUGUUGCUUUCAUGUUGGGAACUACGAAAGAAGUGUUUUAUACUUGUAAAAUUUAUAUUUAGCAAACAAGUUAAAAAAAUAGCAUGUACUCAAUCUGUGUUAAUUUGAUGUCAUUUUUUUAAAAUCCAGAAACAUGUUAUAUCUCGCUCUUACGGCCAAACUUUGUUCCACUAUUUUCUUCUUUGGUGCUUGGAUGAGUUACAUUCCACCGAAGCAUAUUCAACAUUAUGACCAAGAAUCCAACGAAAACACUCAAGACGAAGCAGAACAUGAAGUUAUUAUUUACAACAAUAACCGAUCAAACCCAAUCGAUGACAAUAUUUAAGCAGCAUUCCACAAAAACUACUUUCUUUUAUUUUAAAUUAAAUAUUAAGAAUUUUGAUACAAUUCGCAUUUUACUCAGUGCAUUCAUUCCUCGUUCUAUACGCCAAAUAGCCUUUGAUGUGAAAAAAUGCGUAACAUUUCAUCCAAUUUGUAAAAUAACAUCUCGU